UUUGGAAGAAAAAACGAAAAGAAACGAGACCGAGCAAAACAAGCCGAAUAUGGCAAAAACCGAAACAAGCAAAGCCCAGAGAGAAACGGGACAAACCGCUUACCAUCUGAUUCCAAUCAAUCCAACAAUUAAAAACGAUUCUUAAAUUAAAUACAUGCUAGGUUCUUAAACAUUUUUCUUAGCUUGUGUACAAGUACUGAAUCUGCUGCGAGAGUCUACCAUCCUCCGUCGUUCGUCACCGCCAUGGCCACCGACUUCAAGUCAAUACCCAUCAUCGAUAUUGCUCCUCUUUUGGCCAAAUCCGAUGAUCCAAAAAUGGGCCAGGACCCGGAUGUCGCUCAAGUUGUCAGACAAUUGGAUCGAGCUUGUAAAGAAGCUGGCUUUUUCUAUGUGAAAGGACAUGGUAUUCCCAAGACUCUGCUGAAACAAGUCAAGAAUCUGACACGCAAGUUUUUUGAGCUUCCAUACGAAGAAAAACUCAACAUCAAAAUGUCUGCUGAUAGUGGAUUCAGAGGAUAUCAGAGAAUUGGAGAGAAUAUUACCAAAGGUGUACCUGACAUGCAUGAGGCUAUUGAUUGCUAUAAAGAAUUGAAACCAGGGAUGUAUGGAGAUCUUGGAAAACCAAUGGAAGGACCUAACCAAUGGCCAGAUAAUCCCCCAGAAUUUAAGGUACUAAUGGAGGAAUAUAUCAGCCUUUGCACAGGCCUUUCAAAAAAGAUCAUGCGUGGAAUUGCGUUAGCACUGGGUGGAUCACCAUAUGAAUUUGAAGGUGAUAGAGCCGGGGAUGCAUUUUGGGUGAUGCGUCUUAUUGGUUACCCAGCUGCACGCUCUACAAACACCUCGGACAUUCCAAAAAAUGACGUCGGAUGUGGAGCUCACACUGAUUAUGGUUUGUUGACAUUGGUUAAUCAGGAUGACGAUAUAACUGCUCUUCAGGUGAGAAACCAUUCCGGUGAGUGGAUAUCAGCUCCUCCUGUUCCCGGGACAUUUGUCUGCAAUAUUGGAGACAUGCUAAAGAUUUACUCAAAUGGUUUAUACGAUUCCACUUUGCAUCAAGUUAUCAACUCCGCUCCAAAAUACCGGGUCUGUGUAGCGUAUUUCUAUGAGACAAAUUUUGAUACAGCAGUGGAGCCCUUGGAUUUUUGUGUAGAGAAGACAGGUGGAGCCAAGAAAUUCGAAAGAGCCCUUUAUGGAGAACAUUUGGUUAACAAGGUCCAAACAAACUUCGGUUAAUAGUCGAAAUAUUAGUGUCUAAAGCUCUAAGCAUCUAUUGUAUUGAGUGAACGAAUCCUGGUAAUUUGGUGAAACUACUUUUUGAAUUGGCCCACAUCGAAUGGCAAUGACCAACCCCCAAGAUUGGGGGUGUUUGUAAUUGGAAAGUGAUUGAAUUCCAACAAAAAUUGAAGGCA